AUGGUGGGACACAAAGCCACCUCUUCCAUCUCCCCUCCCCAGGACGACAACUGGGGCGAAACGACAACGGUGGUGACGGGGACGUCGGAACACAGCAUCUCCCACGAUGACAUCACCCGCAUCACCAAGGACAUGGAGGACAGCGCCCACCUGGACUGCUCCCGCCACCUGGGCGUGGCGCUGGCCGGCGCCUUGGCUCUUCUCGCCUUCCUCACCCCCCUCGCCUUCAUGCUCCUGCCCCAGUUACUGUGGCGGGAGGAACUGGAACCUUGCGGGACGCCUUGCGAAGGACUUUUCAUCUCGGUGGCCUUCAAACUCCUCAUCCUCCUCUUGGGCAGUUGGGCUCUUUUUUUCCGACGCCCCAAAGCCUUUUUCCCCCGAAUUUUCGUCUUCCGAGCGUUGCUCAUGGUGCUGGUUUUUCUCCUCGUGGUUUCCUACUGGCUUUUUUACGGCGUGCGCAUCCUGGACUCGCGGGAGCGGAAUUACCAGGGGGUGGUGCAGUACGCCGUCUCGCUGGUGGACGCUUUGCUCUUCGUGCACUAUCUGGCCGUGGUCCUGCUGGAAUUACGGCAACUCCAACCCCAGUUCACCCUCAAAGCCGU